AAGAAAUUCUGUCCCCGUUGUUUCAGGCCAGGAGAACUGCCCCUACGACUACAUCAAGAUAUACGACGGGAAGAACGAGUUCAGUCCGGUAAUUGGGACGUUCUGCGGCAUGGGCAAGUUUCCCUACUCGAUCAUUGGUACAUCUCAAGAUCUCUUCGUCGAAUUCGUUUCAUCACCUGCAGGUCCUUUACUGAACACCGGCUUCCACUUCAACGUCGGCAAUUGGCCGGGUCACGUCGAUACGGCGGGAAGCCGGAACGGCACAUGCGAUUGGCUUCUAUCCUCGGAAAGUCUUCGAGCUUCUGGUGAUUCCGAAGGAAUCUUCCUCUCCGUCGCACAUUGGUAUCCACCACACACGAGCUGCACCUAUCUAAUGCAAGGCGAAGAAGGAGAAAUCGUCAGGUUAUACUUUCCCAGUUUCCGGAUAAACCGCAUAGAAUCCCCGAUCCAACCGAUCGACGGCGAUUGCGGGGAAUCCCUCACCCUGUACGACGCCUCGUGGCCGGACGAUUCUCGAAUAAUCAAGACAUUCUGCGACACGUUCUCGAAAGCGAUGGAGAAGCACGACUUCGUGUCCACCGGUAAUUCUCUCUUCGUACGAUUCGAAAGCAAAACCGGAAGCUACAGCGGAUCAUCUCUGUACUAUUGGGCCCACUACGACUUCUUCAACAACACGAAAUUGGGUGAACCGGUGCCGGGGAGGACGUGCGACGAGGUGUUCGCCUCUUGGAAGUCGACCAAAGGAUGGUUGAGAUCUCCGCUGAAUACUUUGGUUUACAAGCAGGCGCCUUCCGGGGAUGAUGUUCAGUGCUUGUACAGAUUCGUCACGGAUAGGCGAUUGUUCGCUAGGGUCAUUCUGAUUGUGACGAAUAUUCAUUUCAAAGACCAUCCUUACAACCCGGGGAUGUGCACGAACUGCGUCGAAGACAGGGUGGAUAAACUCGUGAUUUGGGAACCUCUUCCACCUGGAGUGAAUUCUUCGCAUCCAGCUACGACUCUCUCGAAGGCCGUGCAAAGCGGUGAAGUCACUUGCUUGUGCAACAAGCACACUGGAUCAACCACGGUGGUGUCGCGCGGGGAACAGUUGAAUCUUCAGUUGAUCAUAGACAGCGCCCACGCGGCUCUCAGCUACUUCAAGCACGGAUCUCCGCUGUUCGAGGCGACCUACGAGUUCGUCCAUGGUCCUCUGUGCGGUCCUCCGAUUAUCCAACCCACUACAGAUGGGGAAAUUCACUAUCCCUAUUACGAAGCAAUCGGUUACGUGGAGCCUCCGAAGUCGAUUAGGUGCAUCUGGGAAAUUAAAGUAAACAGGGAGAGGGAUCUGUGGCUGCACUUCGAUAGGAUCAAGUUUGCGUCGAAGCACUGCGACGAUGGGAUUGUUGACAUAUUCGUUAAGGGACGCAGCGAGCCCUAUCUGAGCGUUUGCGGGGAGAACGUGUCUCUGAGCAAAGAACUUCCCAUCCUCUCAGCUGCAGAGUUAAGUCCGGAUGGUUCAGAGCCUGGUGUCACCAUCCAGUUCAUCGGAAGGACGUCUCCGACGAGAGCUGCCUUCAAGAUCGCCUGGACGGAACUCUUCCAUCUACCGAGGAACACGGAUGGAAGCUUGAUGACAUCCAGACUGACCGAAGGUGGAGUCGCCGCCGAUGGAGAAGAGUGCGAGUUCCAGUGUCCCGGCGAGGCAGGUCUCUGCAUACCAGCGCGUCUCGUCUGCAACGGUGUCGUCAAUUGUCCGAAUGUUACCGGUGGUCCGAGCAACGGCAACCUCGAUCUGAGCGAUGAAUCGGAAGAACGGUGCAAAGGCGAGCCGACAAUAGAGAUCAACUGGAUCUACGUCGGCCUAGGAUUGUUAUCAAUUCUAAUCAGUUUGUGCUGUUUGUGCGUCUGCUUGUGCAGGAGAUGUUGCAGGUACUGUUGUUCGGACGAUUGAAAAACCCAAACAAAACGAAGAUGAAAUAAGUAAUUUCAAAAACAACAACAACAAAAAUAUAAUAAAUAAUAAAAGAAAAACACUACCCAACCCUAAGAGAUACACACAAGAAGAAGCCUUAUCAAUUUCCCCAAAAAAAAAAAAUAUAUAAAU